UCAUAUGAAGGGAGUAGUGAUGAGGUUUCUUUUUCUGUUUUCUUUAGUAAUACUACUCCAUAAUGUUGAUAAAAUAUAUGCAGCUGAACUCAACACUAUUACAUAUUCAAGCCACUUAACAAAUGGAGACACUCUCGUCUCGCCACGAGGAAUUUUCGAACUAGGAUUCUUCCGACCCAAUUCUGAGACAAAAUUUCUUGGAAUUUGGUACAAAAACAUGUCUGUUCAAAUAGUGGUUUGGGUGGCUAAUAGAGAAUACAAGCGUCCUAAAUCAUCAGUAGAUGUGUUACGGAUUUCGGAUAAGGGAGAUCUAGUCCUGAUUAGAGAUACUAGUAAUGAAAUCAUUUGGUCAUCAUCAAAUACAACGGAACCAAGGAACGCAACCGCGAAGCUUCUCGAUACUGGCAACUUGGUUGUCAUGGACGAUACCGAUACGAAGGUUUUGUGGCAGAGUUUUGAUAAUCCAACUGAUACUCUUUUACCUGGCAUGAAGCUAGGGGAAGAUUAUGAAAAAAAAAUAGAGUGGAGUCUCUCAUCAUGGAAGACUAGUCAGGAUCCGGCCCGAGGUGAUUUCACCUGGGGCGCGGACACACGCGGUUAUCCUCAAAAUGUUUUAAAGGAAAGAGGGUCAAAGAUAUUCCGAGAUGGACCAUGGAGUAAGGAACAAGUUUUUGGGAACUUGAACUUUACAUUCAAUGUGGUUAUUAGUGAAAAGGAAGUGUCUUCAACAUUUAAUCCUGAAAACAAUACUAUCCCAUCAAGAGUCAUCUUGAAUUCUACAGGACAGCUAGAAAGUUUUACGUGGGCCGAAGAUGCAAGAAAAUGGCUGCCUACUGUUUCAUUACCUAGAGAUAUAUGUGACACAUACGAUACAUGUAAGGCUUAUGAAAGGUGCAGUGUUAAUACUACCACAAAUAAGCACUCUUGUGUUUGUAUGAUUGAGAAAAGAUUUGUUCCUGGAAAUGAACAGGCUUUGGAAAAUCCGACGGAUGGAUGUGUCAGACGAACGCCGUUGAACUGUAACAAUGGGCAAUCAGACGACAGGUUUAUGAAUUACUCUAAUGUGAAGUUGCCAGACACACAGAGUUCUUGGUUCAAUAUGAGUAUGAACUUGGAGGAAUGUAGAACACAUUGCCUAAAGAAUUGUAGUUGCACGGCUUAUGCAAAUAUAGAAAGCAGCGGCGGAUGCUUGAUUUGGGUGACUGGUCUUAUGGACAUCCGAGUGUAUCCCGAAGGAAGUGGUGCUGGCCGAGAUCUUUUCGUUAGAAUGGCUUCUUCGGAAGUUAUUGGUACAGUAAAGAGAGGAGCAAACAUUAAACUUAUGUUACUUAUCAUAUUUCCAGUAGUUCUUGUUAUAGCAUCUAUAUCUGCAUGGUGUUUAUAUGCAUGGAUCAAACGAAAACGUGCCCAAUUUAUAGAAGAAGGGGGGUUGUGGAACACUUCUUUAAGGCAUGAUGAAGCCAUGGAACUACCACUACUUAGCUUUACUACAAUAGCUAAUGCUACGGCUAGUUUUUCACUUGACAAUAAACUUGGAGAGGGUGGAUUUGGAACCGUUUACAAGGGUCGUCUAGAAGAGGGGAUAGAAAUCGCAGUCAAGCGUCUCUCCCAGACUUCCAGCCAAGGUGUAAAUGAGUUUAAGAAUGAAGUCAUAUGUGUUUCAAAACUUCAACACCGCAAUCUUGUAAAGCUUCUUGGCUGUUGCAUAAAAGGAAAUGAGAGGCUUUUGGUUUAUGAAUACAUGCAAAAUAGAAGCUUAGACUUAUUUAUAUUUGAUGAAAGAAAAAGCAUGCUUCUUGAUUGGACAAAGCGCUUCAACAUUAUCAUGGGAAUUGCUCGAGGACUUGUCUACUUGCAUCAAGAUUCACGACUAAGAAUCAUUCAUAGAGAUCUUAAAGCUAGCAAUAUUCUACUAGAUGAGGACAUGAACCCAAAAAUAUCAGACUUUGGCGUAGCUAGAAGUUUUGGUGGAAACGAGACCCAAGCUAACACAGAACGAGUUGUAGGUACAUGUGGUUACAUAUCCCCCGAGUACGCUCUGGAUGGUAUAUUCUCUAUAAAGUCAGAUGUAUUUAGCUUUGGCGUUUUAGUACUGGAGAUUGUGAUUGGAAAAAGAAAUAGGGGAUUCAUUCUACCUGGAAAGGACAAUAAUCUUAUCGGACAUGCAUGGAUGUUAUACAAUGAAGGGAGGUUAAUGGAAUUGAUCGAUCCAACUUUAGUUGAAUCAUGUCAUCCAUCUGAAGUUUUAAGGUCAAUCGAAGUGGGGUUUUUAUGUGUUCAACGCAAUCCGGGAGAAAGGCCAAACAUGUCGAGUGUAAUACGGAUGUUGGGAGGUGAAGGUGAAGUGCCUCAACCUAAUGAGCCAGAGUUUUUCCCGGAAAAGGAUGAUCAAUGGCUUGUAGCUGAAUUCACUUCAAGCACUUGUCCUAAAAGUACAGUAGUCGAUCAUGUACCUAUUACAGAGUUAAUUAGUCGAUAACAAGCUAGUACAUAUACUUUCUAACUUAAAUAUGUAAAAAUGAUAUAGACAUUAACUAAUUACUUGUAAUAUUGGUGUAAAUUUAGAAUUUCUUCACAUUAAAUUUGGUUUUAAUCCGGAUAUAAAUAAAACUUUAAUUUACUCCA